AUGGGCUCGCCGGCGCCUUCGCCGGUGACGGUGGAUGUUGUGACGAGCGUGGCCGUCGGGUCGCUGGCGACGGGCGACGUCGAUUUCGAGGUUGUGACGACGACAGUGACGAUUCCUGGCGGAUCGUCGAGCGCGGUGUUUGAUGCUGUUGUGUACGGCGACGCGUGGUACGACGACGGCGAGACGUUCGAUGUGACGCUGACUGGCGUGAGCGGCCCGGCCACCCUUGGCGGGACGCUGACGACUGUGGUGACGAUCGGCGACUCUGGCCCGGCACCGACGCUGACGACGCGGGUGGUGUCCGGGGCCGAUGCCAGUACCGGGUCUGGCUCGCAGAGCGUGACUGCAGAUGUGAGCGAGGGCGAUGCGACGUCGAAGGAUGUCGUGCUCGAGCUCGCGCUGUCGCGGCCUGCGGAGCAUCCGACGGUGGUCGACGUGGUUGUGUACCCGACGUCGACGGCGACGAACGGGACGGACGUGGAUGUGCUCUCUACCGAGGGCCGCAACCGCGGGCCGUUCACGAUUGGUGGACUGGUGUCGACAUACAAUGUGUCUGCUGUGAUCUACGGCGAGACCGUUGUCGAGGGGACCGAGGUGUUUGACUUUGGUCUCGUGGCGACGUACGGCGUGAGCGGUGUGACAAGCACGAGCAACGCGAGUGUGAGCAUUGUCAACGAUGACUUCUCACCGCCGCCGUCGUCGCCGUCGCUUCCUUUGGUGACUAUGGCGUUGAGCUCGCUUUCUACGACCGAGCCUACAUCGUUGGGUGGGCGUCGGAAUGUUACCAUCACAGUGGUCAUGGACUCUGCAGCGUCUACGGACGUAGUUGUCCAGGUUGCGACACGAUUGAGAUCGGGCGGUUAUGCUUCUGCUGAUGUGGAUUUUGAGUCGCUGAUGACAUCCGUGGCUAUACCUGCUGGCGCUACCUCUGUGGAUUUCGAUGUUGUUGUACUUGGCGACGCCUGGUAUGACGACAAUGAGUUGUUCGAUGUUGUUCUUGAUGGUGUGUCGGGACCGGCUAGCCUGGGCAGUGACACCGUUACGAUUGUGAGCAUUGCUGACUCGGGACCUGUUCCCACGCUCUCGGUCUGCCUGGCCUCUGCUGGGGCUUGUGGAGGUGGUACGUCUGUUGGAGCGACCCUGUCUGAAGGUGAUUCUGGUGAGGCGCUACUUGGUCUCGUUCUGCAAGCAUCGCGUCCUUCGGAGCGUGUUGUUGUUCUUGAUGUAGCCACUGGUGGCGAUGCGACUCUGGGAGUUGAUGCCGAGCUGCGUGGCGAGAGUGUGUCCGGUUCAUCCGUCACAUUCGGCCCCGGCGCGGUGAUGGUGAACGUUGACGUUGCUGUGCUGGGUGAUCUCAUGCACGAGCGCAAUGAGACCCUCGAGCUGGUGUUUACUCCGCGUGACACGUCCUACUUGGAGACGCUGGACGUUGCGGUGGUCAUUGUCAAUGACGAUGGCCUGCCAGAGCUGGCAUGGGUGUUUGUGGACGCUGUUAUCGAUGAGGGUACCGCUAAGGAUCUCACAGGUACGAUUGGAAACGUGACCCUGAAGCUGUCGCGGCCGAUGCACUCUCGCGUCGAUGUUGAGCUGGAUCUUGUGUUUCCCACUGAUGUGCAGACGCGUGACGAGUCUGAGCUAAGUGCUGCCGACGCGUUUGACGUCUUUGGCUUUGCUCGGUCUCCGCUCGGUGAGCCUAUCACACACACGGUGGCUCAGUUUGCGCCUGGCGAAGUGGAGAAGGUUGUCAACGUGUUUGUAGUUGGUGACGACGUGGUGGAGCCUGAUGAGUUGCUGCAUGUGGUCAUCUCGUCCGCCAGCGACGUUGGUAUUGCAACCGAUGCUGCCGUCCGGCUUGUGCUCCGUGAUGACGACCUCGUGUCGACCAUUUCGGGCGCCGACCUUUACCGCAAUCGCGGGGACUGGUGGUGGAUCUUCAUCCUCGCCAUGAUUGUCCUGCUUUGCUGUUGCUGCCUCUGCUGCUUUGCUCUCGUUUUCUUCCGCGAGAACCGCGAGCGCUUUGACGCCGACAAGCUCCCUCCCCCGUCGACGUCGUCGCUUUCGGACGAGUACUCGGAGCCGACCAUGACCAUUCUUCCGCUCCCACCGAUCCCGCGGGCUCCUGGUCGUACGAAUGAUGCCGUUCCUGCGCCGCGACCGCGGUCCAGGCCGUCUAUCGCGCCGCUCCCGCCACUUCGAGUCAUCUCUGGUGGUUUUCUCAAGGACCCGUCGCCAGAGCCGCCAACUGCGUUCGCAGCCGGUCAGGUCAUCCCCUCGCCGCCCAAUGCAAUCCCUGUUCGCCAGACAAACCGCCGGCUGAGCAUGCCGGGUGUUGAUGGUAUUCCUGCUCUGCCAAAUGCCCGUGUGACGACCAAGGGUCUUCCGCUCGCCUCACGCCAGGCGCUCCUGGUCUCGGCUGCUGAGCGCGCCGAGGCACAGCGCCGCCGGGUCGAGAUGUUUGCCCAGGACCUCACCCCACCACGUGCCACACCGGACACCGAUGUCGUGCCUGGCGCCUCAAACGAAGCUGAGCUCUUUGGUGCGUCCAUCGGCUCGCUCGACCUUGCCGUUGACUCGGCAUCCCACGCUCAGCUGCCACCCAUCGACUCCUCGUCGACCAUUGCCGCUUCAUCAAGCGACAGUGAGUCUGUUAGCUCGAUUGAUGCGCCCAACUUCUACGCUCAUGUCGACCCGCGCCGCGCCCAGGCCAUGCCCAUGUCGCCGCGGCGGGAUGAGAUCGACGGGACACUGAAGAAGCUCAACGAGCUGCUCCACUCUCCGUCGUCCGAGAUUCACCUUGACCGCUCUCGAAGCUACUCGCGCGAGGUUCGUGCCUUCCGCCGCACGCGCUCUCGCCGCCGCUCGACAGCCGCCUCUCGCGAUCUGUCCAACCCGCUUCGGGAUCUCUCGUGCAGCCGACCCUCGCGGGAUCCCUCGCUGGAGACGUUGCGGCGCGUCGGCAGCCUGGCUUCGCCGCGCUCGUUGGCAACCAUCCAGACACGACCUCGCCAGCAUCAGGCGCCAAUUUCCUCGGCGCAAGUCACAGUCGCGGCGUCGUCGUCGUCGUCAGACACGAUGCGCAUUGUUUCCAACAGGGUCUCUCAUCCGUCGCCCUCACGCUCGCGCUCGCGCUCGCGUAAUGUCAGUGCGACGCGCCUCUCGCAGCUCCGCCUUGACUCUGCCGGACCGAGCCGCAGCCCCAUACCCAUCAUGCCGCCGAUGGCCGCCCUUGGCCGCUCAACCUCGAUGCCGUUUGGCAUGCUCGCCAAGGCGCGGGCUGUCGCAGCAGCUAACCCUGCUGUCCCAACUAUCUCGGACGUCUCUAGUGACGACUCGUCCGAGGGGGAUAUGAUGCGAAUUGUGUCGACUCGCGUGACGUACUCGCGUUCGCCAUCGCGUUCGCGCUCACGCGUUCGUGCCGCGAACGCCCGGCUCCGGCCCAUGCCCACCGCUGCGUCCCCAUUCACGCGCUCGCCGUCGACGCCCUCGGCGGGGCCGCCCAAGGCCACGGUCGCGCGCCGCAAACGCCGUGCCUCAGGUGAUGCAGGGCGACCAGUGCCGCGCUUUAUCUCGGCCUCAAGCAGCUCGAGCUCGAGCGGCGACAACAUGCGUAUCAUCUCAUCGCGUGUGACGUACCAGCCUUCAUCGCGCUCGCGCUCGCGCUCGCGGACUCCAUCUGCAGAGCCUGCCGCCCUCAUCAUCGCCUCCGUACCGUCGGCAGACGCGCUGGACAACUCGACGUCGAGCGUUCUCUCGUCGUCCGAUCCGGACACCAUGCGAGUGCUCUCAACGCGGAUUUCAUCGCCGCGGACCAACUCGACCGUGACCGGUUGCGGGACAAACACGGUCAACUUCGACAACAUCUCCGUCCCGACCUCUCCCGCCGUCAACUAUCCGCUCGCCUCGCGCUCUGGCAGCUCGAUCGUCUUUGUGGGUGAUGUCAAUGGCGACGGAGUCAACGACAUGGCCUUUGGCUCGCCGCUCGACGACCUCACCUUUGGCACCGUCACCAUUGUCUUCCUCAACUCGGACGGAUCAGCCAGCUCUUCGGUGGUCCACAACCGGCUGACGCCCCAGCUCUCGGGCAUCAUCGCUGGAGUGGCCGGCAAGUACGGCUCUGCACUCGCUGCGCCUGGCGAUCUCAACGGUGACGGCGUGCCCGAUCUCCUCGUGGGUGCGCCUACCCUCGGCCUCACGGGCAAGGCCAUUGUGGUCUUUCUGGCCAGCGAUGGCUCCAUCAGUGGGACGUCGGUCAUCGAGAACAGCUCGGGUCUCGGCCUUAGCACCAUUCUUGUCGGGGAGCUCUUUGGCUCGGCCAUGGCCGUCAUCGAAGGCGUGCCGGGCGUCAACUACGCCACCCACACCAUGGUGGCCAUCGGCCUUGCCGCCGGCAAGGAUCGCGGCGUGAUUCCUCUCGUCUACGGCUCCAUCCUCAUCGCCAAGCUCUCGCGGAGCGAUGGCUCUGUCGUUAGCUACACCCUCCUGGACCAGUCACAGCCUGGCCUCAACGUACUUGCCGUUGAUGGCGGCUUUGGCUCGGCCAUUGCCGCCGGCGACCUCCGCGGAACCGGCUCGCCGGUCAUCGCCGUCGGCGCGCCGCUGCACAACCUCCUCUACGGCCGGGUCUAUCUCCUGGAGAUGGACUGGUCCACCACAUCGGUGACCAACGUGGUGGUGGUGGAGGACGGGGCCAUCGGGUGGAACCCCAGCCCGUCGCUCGGUCUCAUCUCCCAGAUCGGCGCCGCCGUCGCCAUGGCCGACAUCAACAACGACGGCUGCCUCGAUCUGGUGGUCGGCGCCCCAGGCGCGCCCGACAUCGGGCCAAACUAUGGCGUUGUCUCGGUCCUGCUCCUUGACGCAGGACCGGCCACACUCUCCGUCCAGACAGAGGUCCGCCUCUCCUACUCGACCGUCCCUCUUCUCCAGCUGCCCAUCUCUAUCGGCGCCGAGCUCGGCUACGCCCUUCACGCCGGCGAGCUCAACGGCAAUGGUUGCGUUGAUUUGCUCAUCGGCGCUCCGGCCUCGGAGCUUGAGUCUGGCCGUGUCUUUGUUGCCCAGUGCCAGCACGUGACGCGACCGAUUGUGUGGAACCACGCGCCGUCUGCGUCGCACGUUGGUGGAGGCAAGGCGAUGGUCCUGUCAACGGCAUCGACGGCGGUGGACUUUACCCUCGCCGGCACUGUGAUGGUAGAGGUGGCGGUGUACGACUCGCCCGAGUCGACGAGCCCGCGGUACGUCGCUGUCCCGGCGACAGUCAACAGCGCCGGUGAGAUCGCCUUUGUCUCGCCGCCGUCGGCCAAGGUCGGCUACACGCAGGUGCGGAUCGUGGUGGACGACGACGGGAGCGGGCAGAGCAAGCGGUACUGGGUCAACAACUCGAUGUAUUACGUCGAUGAUGCAGAGUGCACUCAGCCGGGCUUUGUCCUCCGUGAUGGCGUCUGCCGUGACUGCGCCGACUUUCCCGGCGCUGUCUGCCCAGGCGGCGAUCGCCUCUGGUCGCAGCCAGGCUACUGGAACGCCGACGACGACACGCCGCCGACCAGGUGCCCCGUCCCUGAAGACUGUCCUGGCUUCUCCAUCGGUGCCUCUCUCCCGCCUGGCGUCAAUUCGGGCGGCGAGACCGAGUCGGAUUCGGCCGGCGCAGCAGGCUUUGGCUCGGCCUCCCACACCUCGUGCAUCGAGGGACGGACCGGCUUUGGCUGCACCGCCUGCGCCACCGACUACUACAUCUCCUCCUCCGGAUCAUGCAUUUCCUGCGGCUCGUCGGCCAUGCGGCUCGUUCUCAUCAUCUUCCUCAUCGUCUUCUGCAUCAUCACCGCCGCUGUCCUCGCCUGCGCCUCGCGCAGAUCGGCCGGAAUCUUUGUGGCCCUCGUCAUCGCCGUCCAGCUCGUCGCCCUUAUCAUCCGCUACAUGAUCAUCCUGGUCCCGGCCAAGAACACCUCGGCCUUUUGGAUCUUUGUCAUCAAGUGGUCUGGCAUCGUCCUCUUUGAUCCCGAGCUCUUUGCCCUCUCCUGUGCCUCGCCCUGGUCCGGCCCCUACUUUGUGGUCCUCUACUCGCUCCUGGUCCUCGUCUUCCUCAUCAUGCUCAUCAUCGCCGCCAUCAUCGCCACUUGCCGCCACUCGCGGGUCCAGAACAAGGCUGCUGAUGAUCUUGAGAUCUCCAUCCCGCUUUGGGCCGCAGGCGAUGCCUCCUUCCCCACGGGCAUCUCGGCCUCGACCUCGCUCCUCUUCCGUCAGGACACGAGCACCACCACGCUCGCCCGGCAGAACACCACCGCCUCGGUCUUCCGCUACGACUCCAGCUCAUCGCUCACCUCCUCGCGGGCCUCCACUCCUCGCGAUCGGAGCCAGAGGGCAAGCAGUGCUGCCCGAUCGUCAGGAGCGUCAUCGUCGUCAGAGUCGACGGCGGCGACUUCUUCAUCGACACCGUCGUCAGAGCCGGACACCAUGGUCUCCGAGUGGGUGGAGGACAUGCCCAACACUGUGGCCCGCCGAUCGUGGAUUGCCUAUGGACUCGGCUUCAUGGCCGCCGUCUUCUACACCCCGAUGGCCUACAGGACGGCCGCCGGGCUGGGGUGCUCCACUCUGGCCGAUGGCGUCUCGCGGCUCGACCACGAGAUUGCCACCGAGUGCUACGCCGGGAGCCACAAGACCGCCGCUAUCCUUCUUCUCUGGCCCAUCGCCGUCGCCUACGUCGCCGGCUUCCCGCUCGCUGUCCUCAUCCGUGCCAUCGCUGUCGCCCGCAAGUCCUCAACCAGCUCCAAUGACGCUCAUCUGCCGAGCGAUGCUCUGCGGUUCAACCUCUUCCUCAUCCGAGAGGGUCUCCGAUUCCUCUCGGCCGGCCUCUUCACCGCCUGGGCUCCCGUCGCCGCCGUCCCCUUCUUCCUCGUCCUCACCAUCUCCGUUGUCUCAGCCGUCAUCAAGGACAGCCUCAACCUGGAGGUCUUCAUCACGGCGCUGGCCAUCUGCCUCUCGCUUGCCAUCACCGCUUGGGCCUCUAUCUCUCGCUGGCGUGUCGCCAUCGCCGCCAUCGCCGCCAUCGCCGCCGCCAUCUUCCUCAUCGCCAUCACCGCCUCUGCCAUCUCCGGAGGCACCGUCGCCGUCUGCGUCAUCGUCUUUAUUGCUGCUUCCGUCAUCGCCAUCCGCUUUGCUCUCCUCCGCUCAUCGAACACAGAGUCUUCCGCUCCGCGCGAGGACAACUACUCGGCCAGUUUUAACGGAUGAUUUUGAGGUGGGAAUCGGUUUUGCAUGCAGCGAAAAUGAAU